UGACCGUUUUCCUCUACCGGAAGUUGAAAGGCCUUCCUGCUCGAGUGACUGAGGGACAACAUGGCGGCCUUGUGGACGGUCGUGUCCCGGACCAGGUAUGGACUCUGGUUCACCUCCUGUAGGUUCAUCAGAAGCUCCUUCAGCUCAGACUCCAGCGGUGCCUCUGGCGGUGACCAGCCCCCCCCGGACAGACCCAGAUCCGGCUUCGCUGCUGCCUUCGACCUGCAGUCGGAGCUCCGGCGGGAGGCGGCGAGCGACAAGGGCGGCCCGGGGGGCUCCUCCUCCAGCAGGGACGAAAGUUUCGCCUCGCUCCUCCGCCGGUCCCCGUAUAUCCAGAUGGGACCGUCCCGGGACAAAGUGGUGGUCGGGAGGAUCUUCCACGUGGUCAAGGACGACCUGUACAUCGACUUCGGCGGGAAGUUCCACUGUGUGUGCCGGCGGCCCAAGGACGGAGGGGAGAAGCUGCAGCGGGGAAGCAGAGUCCGUCUGCGGCUACAGGACCUGGAGCUCACAGCCCGCUUCCUGGGGGCCAAAACCGACACCACUCUGCUGGAGGCCCAGGCCGUCCUGCUGGGCCCGGUGGAGGGACGGUCCUGAGCGGACAGACCGUCAGACCCCGCUAAAGAAAAACAGAGGUUUUUUAAAGGGAGUCUGGCAGCAGCAGGUCUGAGGCUGGAGGAAGCAGAACAUCUGUGUUUGUGUUGUUUAGGAUAAACUGUGGAGGCGGGAGAACUGAGCGGAUGUUUCAAUACGCACUGACUCCUCAGGAACUGUGUGAGGUUUGAGUCUGGACUCUGGACGGAGGGUCUGUUGUGAGGACCAGCUGUUAUAGAUAUUAUAGAUAUUAAAAUAAUACAUAGUCUGUAAACAGUUCAUGACCAGCGUCACUUGAACACAAGUUCAUUUCUGCCUGGAAACAAUAAAAUGUUCUGUGUGAAGUCACAUGAUGGAAAUAAAAGUCAGUGGGAAAUAAAAAUAUGAAAAUAAUUAAACAAAUUUCAGUCAUA